GAGAGACGGGAGGGGCCGGCCGGCGGGGGUGAGGGGGUCUAAAGAUUGUGGGGGUGAGGAACUGAGGGUGGGGGCGCCCAGAGGCGGGACUCGGACCGGGGCAGGCGAGGCGGAGGGCGAGGGCUGCGGGAGCAAGUACGGAGCCGGGGGUGUGGGGGACGAUUGCCGCUGCAGCCGCCGCCCCACUCACCUCCGGUGUGUCUGCAGCCCGGACACUAAGGGAGAUGGAUGAAUGGGUGGGGAGGAUGCGGCGCACGUGGCCCCGGGCGGCUCCGCGGUCAGCUGCCGCCCCCACAGCGGACCGGUCGGGGCGGGGGUCGGGCGGUAGAAAAAGGGGCCGCGAGGCGAGCGGGGCACUGGGCUGACCGCGGCGGCAGCAUGAGCGGCGCAGACCGGAGCCCCGCUGCGGGCGCAGCCCCUGACUCGGCCCCGGGCCAGGCGGCGGUGGCUUCGGCCUACCAGCACUUCGAGCCGCGCGCCUACCUCCGCAACAACUACGCGCCCCCUCGCGGGGACCUGUGCAACCCGAACGGCGUCGGGCCGUGGAAGCUGCGCUGCUUGGCGCAGACCUUCGCCACCGGUGAAGUGUCUGGACGCACCCUCAUCGACAUUGGUUCAGGCCCCACCGUGUACCAGCUGCUCAGCGCCUGCAGCCACUUUGAAGACAUCACCAUGACAGAUUUCCUGGAGGUCAACCGCCAGGAGCUGGGGCGCUGGCUGCAGGAGGAGCCGGGGGCCUUCAACUGGAGCAUGUACAGCCAACAUGCCUGCCUCAUUGAGGGCAAGGGGGAAUGCUGGCAGGAGAAGGAGCGCCAGCUGCGAGCCAGGGUGAAACGGGUCCUGCCCAUCGACGUGCACCAGCCCCAGCCCCUGGGUGCUGGGAGCCCAGCUCCCCUGCCUGCUGAUGCCCUGGUCUCUGCCUUCUGCUUGGAGGCUGUGAGCCCAGAUCUUGCCAGCUUUCAGCGGGCCCUGGACCACAUCACCACGCUGCUGAGGCCUGGGGGGCACCUCCUCCUCAUCGGGGCCCUGGAGGAGUCGUGGUACCUGGCUGGGGAGGCCAGGCUGACGGUGGUGCCAGUGUCUGAGGAGGAGGUGAGGGAGGCCCUGGUGCGUAGUGGCUACAAGGUCCGGGACCUCCGCACCUAUAUCAUGCCUGCCCACCUUCAGACAGGCGUAGAUGAUGUCAAGGGCGUCUUCUUCGCCUGGGCUCAGAAGGUUGGGCUGUGAGGGCUGUACCUGGUGCCCUGUGGCCCCCACCCACCUGGAUUCCCUAUUCUUUGAAGUGGCACCUAAUAAAGAAAUAAUACCCUGCCGCUGCGGUCAGUGCUGUGUGUGGCUCUCCUGGGAAGCAGCAAGGGCCCAGAGAUCUGAGUGUCAGGGUAGGGGAGACAUUCACCCUAGGCUUUUUUUCCAGAAGCUUCCUUGAGGCUAGCAUUCUGUACCACUCAUUCUUCCCAAACUAAGGAAGGGCAAGGUCGGGGGAGCUCACCGGCCACCUGCGGUGCACCAGGCACUUGUGAUAUGCCAUUGUGUCCAUCGCAUCAUUCAUUCCUGCAUUCAGCAGCAGAUCCUGCUAGUCUGUUUCCAGGUGAAGC